AUGGAAAAACAGAAAAAUGUCACAGAAUUUAUUUUCAUGGGACUUUUUGGAAACAAGCAAAUUGAGCUACUGUUCUUUUUCUUCUUCCUGCUGUGUUACCUGGCAGUCUUAAUGGGGAACUUCAUCAUUUUAUUCACAGUCACCUUCAGCCAUCUAAUGGAACAGCCGAUGUACUACUUUCUAUGCCACCUUUCCCUCAUGGAUCUUUGCUACACCUCCACUGUGGUUCCCCGGCUAAUCAGAGACUUAGCUGGAGCAAGUAGAAAGAUUUCUUAUAAUGACUGCAUGACCCAGCUCUUCACUGUUCACUGGUUGGCAGGUGUGGAAAUAUUCAUCUUGGUGUCCAUGGCUUUUGACCGUUAUGUGGCCAUUGUGAAGCCGCUGCACUACAUGAGCAUCGUGAACCGGAAGAGGUGUAACUUGCUGAUUGUCAUGGCCUGGGUACUUGGUUUUUGGCAUUCUGUUGCUUUGCUGCUAGUAGUACUCAAUUUGCCUUUCUGUGGUCCUAGUCAGAUAAAUCACUACAUGUGUGAUGUCAAGCCUCUUUUGAAACUUGUUUGCAAAGAUAUUCAUGCUAUUAGUAUCUUAGCGAUUGCUAAUUCAGGGACGGUAUUAGUCAUAAUUUUUACUAUGCUAGUAGCUUCUUAUAUUCUCAUUUUAUAUAAUCUCAAGAAAAGAUCAUCUGCAGGGCGUCGCAAAGCUCUUUCAACCUGUAGUUCUCACAUAAUGGUAGUAGUUUUAUUUUUUGUGCCCUGUAUUUAUACGUAUAUCCUACCGACCGAUAGUGAGAAUAAGGAUAAGGAAAUCUCUGUGUUCUACACUGUAAUCACCCCCAUGCUAAAUCCUCUCAUCUAUACACUGAGAAACAUGGAAAUGAAAAUUGCUAUGAGGAAGGUAUGGUUAGGAAUGUCACAUUCAGAGUUGAAAUAA